AUGACCCAAUACAUGCUUACAGAAAUCCUAGAUAAGGUAAGUCCAGAGGAAGUACCCAACAUCCAAAGUAUUGCAUCAGAUACAGAAAUAGGCUAUAUACUUGAAGUUGAUUUAGAAGCCCCAGUACACUUGCAUGAUUACUUUGCAGAUUAUCCUUUAGCGCCAGAAAAGCAGAUAAUACCAGAAAACUGGCUUAGUCUAUACAAUGAAAUAUUAGUGCGUGAUAAAAAUGUUGGAGAAGGGAAAUAUGUAUCUGGAGAAAAGCUAGUUCAGACCCUUUUUACUAAGAAGAAUUAUAUAGUUCAUUACCGAGCUCUCCAGAUAUAUAUGAAGUUCAGAAUGAAGGUUACAAAGAUUCAUAGCACUCUCAAGUUUAGGCAGUCUCUAUGGAUGAAAGAAUAUAUUGAGGAAAAUAUUCGUAAAUGCAAAAUAGCCAAGGCAAAUGAGGAUGAGUUUGGGGUCGUGUAUUAUAAGCUAAAAAAUAAUGCAGUCUUUGGCAAGCAGAUAGAGAAUGUCCGUAAACAUAUGAGAGUAGAAUUACUCCGAACAGAAGAGGAUAAAAAAAUCAGACAUCUAGCAAGUUCACCAUUAUUUGUAGGUUUCAAGCAAUUCGAAAGAGGAAUUACAGCUGUUCACAUGUUAAAAAGCACAGUGAUUCUAAACAAACCAAUCUAUGUAGA